CUCCAUAUAAGUCUCUAUCAUGUUGGGAUAACUUGAAUUAACCCAAAGAAUAUAAUAUUCGCAUUACUACUCACCGCGAUGACCGAGGACCCUUUCAACCAGAUGGGUCCCUACAAGGCUGCCCUGCGCAAGCCCAGCAUCUCCCAAACGGCCAGGGAGCACGCUCAGUCUGUUAUUGAUGACCUGGAGGGAAACCAGGCGGCCCAGGGCGCCCAGGAUAAAGAAUCCAUCAGAAGGACCGCCGGAUUGAAAGCUGCCAUGUAUGACCCUGAUGCUGAAGGAAAGAAAACAAAAAAGCAAGGCGGCCAUGCACCCCAGGAGUAACACUAUUUGAUUUAUGUAAAUAUGUACGAUGUAACAGUAAAUUAACUUUAAUUUGACGAGAUGUUGCUUCCAUCUUUAUAAAUAGACAAUGAAGAUACCAGGAAUGCAGAAUCACCAAGAUCG